AUGGCCACCGUCCUCAGAGAACGACCGCCGCCGCCGCCGCUGUCGGCCUCUAUCUUCGGUCUCAUCCCACUCGCCCUGUUCUCGCCCUUGAGCAUCGUCAUCGUCGUCAUAUUGCAGCUCGUCGCGGUUGUAAUAUCCUCCUCGGUAGUCGCGUCUCCUGUCUCGGACUGGACUCCUUGA